AUGAUCAUCAAUCUUCUGUGCCGCUUUGAAGAUGUUCCUUUCCAGGUCUUUAAGACUAAUCACUUCCUUUACCAUAAUCGCCUCAAACAGCAUUACAGUUGUGCACAACGUAUUAAAGAUAGCGUCACUGCCAUGAGGAAACAGUGUAUUCCAAAUCUCACCAGGAGGUGUAAAAAAGCCAAUUCAUUCACUAUGAAGUUGAUAACAGUAAGAAUGAAAGCCAUCUCAAGGGUAAUGCAGCUUCUUCCAGAAGUUCAUGUCAUUCAUUUGGUGAGAGAUCCUCGACACGUCUUGCUUUCACAAAUACACGUCGGCCAAAUUGAUAGAACGAAAAUUGAAAAUGAAAGUAGCUCACAUUGCGAGAUCCUCAAAAAUGAUAUAAAGGAGACUGAAUCGGAUAUUUAUAGGAACAAUUUUCACCGACAGAGGUAUGAGGAUCUUGCACACGAUCCCAUUGGGCAGUUUCAGGGUUUGUUUGAAUUUUCUGGAUUAGAAUUUAGCGAUGCAGUACUGUCCAGAAUUCGAAAAAUAGCAAUGAGGACAGGAAAGGUGAAAAAAUGUCAGUAUUGUUCAGAUAAAGGUGACGCAAUGGUGGCUUCUGUUCAAUGGAGAAUUUCAUCAAACUAUUCCAUUGUUCAUGCAAUCCAAGAGCAGUGCUUAAAUAUCAUAGAUAAACUAGGAUACAUCCCGGUCAAUUCCGAAAAAGACCUGUAUGACAAGAAGAUUUCACUAACGAAAUGGUAG